CUUCUUUACUACAAAAUUUCCUCAUCGAUCAUCUAAACAAUAUAUAAAAAACCAUUCUUCGUUAUUCGUAGCAGAAUUUUUCUUGAAAUAAAUUUUUUAGAAAAAAUUUAUUUUUUAACAUGGAACAAUCAAGUGAUUAUGAACAAAAUUAUGGAAGAUGUAUGAAAUGCAAACAAACAAGUAUAUCACUCGUAUGUCAAACCUGUGAUUCAAAUUUGAAAGAAAAAUAUGGAAUGUGUAAGAAAUGUGAGCAAAUAAAGUCAAUAAAUAUGGGAUGGUGUUAUGCUUGUAUUUAUAAUUAUAGAGAAAAAAAGUAUGGAAAAUGUAUAGAAUGCAAACAAGCAAAUACUGGACAGGAUUGGUGUCAAACUUGCAAUUCAAAAAGAUUUCAACAAAAUUUUAAUAAUUGGACUAGUGGUAAUGAUGAUUUAGAUAAGUUUAUUCAAACCAAUCAAUUAUCAGCAAAAAAUGAACAACAAUUAUUAGAAUGGAUACCUUAUGAUAGGUUUCAUGCAGUUAAAUAUAUUGCUGAAGGCGGAUUUGGAAAAGUAUAUGAAGCAUCUUGGAAAGAUGGUAAUAUAUUACAUUGGGAUGUUAAUAAAAAUCGAUGACGAAGAAUUUCUUCAAAUAGAUUCGUAGCUCUUAAAGUUUUGAACAAUUCAAAAAAUCUUACAUUGGAGUUUAUCAAUGAGAUCACAUUACACAUUAAAAUAAUAGAAGAUAAAAAAUUAGAUCAAGUUGUUAGAUGUCAUGGAAUAAGCCAAGAACCAAGUACUAAAAAUUAUAUUAUGGUUAUGAAAUAUGCUAAAAAAGGGAAUUUAAGAAAAUAUUUGAAUGAAAGAAGGUCACAUAACAACGGCCUUCUUAAUUUUCAUAAGUUGAAUAAAAGAUUUUUAAAGUUAAAUUACAUUGCAAUUGGUCUUAAAAGAAUUCAUGAAAAAGGAUUAAUUCAUCGAGAUUUACAUA